UUGUAGCAAAUGGGAGUAAUUUUAAUACUCAAGGGUCUAAAAUAGAAGCCUUUAAACCUAUUAUAUUAGAUGAAUUCUAUAAUUCAUUAAUAGACAAAAAAAUAGCAGCUCAGGCUCUUUCUAAUAGCCUAGAACAAUUUACAGAUAAUAAAUAUUCUAUAGAAUUAGAAUCUUCUAAUUCU